AGCCAGAGUCUUAUCUCCAGCGCUGAGCUCAGAUUAAGAGGAAAUUGCGGGAGGAGGAGGGGUUGGGGGAAUCCGCCAGCGGGGCCGCUCGCCGUGUGGUUGUGGUGAAGGCGGGAGCGAGAGUGUGACCGACGGAGGGACCGAGGACACGCCGAUCCUGCUGGGAACUCUCUCCGGAUUCCGCAGGACCGCUCGCGCGCAACCUCGUUAUUUGAAGGGGGGGUUUCGCGCGUUUGCGCGCAUCUCUGUAUCCGCACCGGGACAGUGGUGUGUGUGUGUGUGUGUGCGCGCGCGGGUGUGUGUGUGUGAAGUUUGUGGGCGCUCGGCUGUUGGCGACUGCAGGAGAGGGAGUGGACAGUCGCUCAGCCGCAACACUCUGAGGAGGAGGAGUUGUUUUAGGCUGGGAAACCAAAUCCCACCAGGACUCGGCUCUCCUCUCCCGGACCCUCGCCUGCUCUCCGCUCACCCUGCCUCCACACCCCCCAGCUGAGGGUGAGGACGCAGAGACGGAACCCGGCCGACUCCCACUCUCCCUGGGAUCCCUCUCUCCCUCCGUACCCCUGCCGCUCCUCUACUCGCCUGGAGUCGGAGUCGCUUCUUCGUCCACAUUCGGUGGGGCGGGACAGCAGACCGACCGGCCAACCGGUGGAUUGAUCCGUACACGGACGCCGCUUUCCGUCUGGUGGACGCGGCCCCACAGCCCGACCGCUCGCCGCCAUGCAGGUGUCGCUCGUUUGCACCGAGCACCGGGGCGGGGUCAGCCGGACCACGGAGGAACGUCUGAACCGGCAGAACGCCAACAGCCCCAACACGGGCACCAGGAGCAAGUUCCGCGCCGUGGCAAUGGUGGCACGCAGCCUGGGCCAGCUCUCCGUCCAGAACGUGCCCUCGUCCAGCGAGCAGAGCAUGAGGACCGGGAUGAAGUAUAGAAACCUUGGAAAGUCUGGAUUGCGGGUGUCCUGCCUAGGGUUAGGAACAUGGGUGACAUUCGGAGGACAGAUAACAGAUGAGAUGGCUGAGCAGCUGAUGACUCUGGCCUAUGAGAACGGCAUCAAUCUGUUUGACACGGCGGAGGUCUACGCCGCGGGGAAAGCGGAGGUGGUGUUGGGGAAUGUCAUCAAGAAGAAGGGCUGGAGGCGCUCCAGUUUGGUGAUUACGACCAAGAUAUUCUGGGGUGGAAAAGCAGAGACUGAGCGAGGCCUGUCACGGAAACACAUUAUAGAAGGUUUAAAGGCCUCGCUGGAGAGACUGCAGUUAGAGUAUGUGGAUGUGGUGUUUGCGAACAGACCAGACCCCAACACUCCUAUGGAAGAGACGGUUCGAGCGAUGACCCACGUGAUAAACCAGGGCAUGGCCAUGUACUGGGGAACAUCUCGUUGGAGUCCUAUGGAGAUCAUGGAGGCGUACUCCGUGGCGCGCCAGUUCAACCAGAUCCCACCCAUCUGCGAGCAGGCAGAGUACCACAUGUUCCAGAGGGAGAAGGUGGAGGUGCAGCUGCCUGAGCUCUUCCACAAGAUAGGUGUCGGGGCUAUGACAUGGUCUCCGCUAGCCUGUGGCAUCAUCUCAGGGAAAUAUGACAGUGGGGUACCCGCCUACUCCCGAGCAUCUCUGAAGGGCUACCAGUGGUUGAAGGACAAGAUCCUGAGCGAGGAGGGCCGGCGUCAGCAGGCGAAGUUGAAAGAGCUGCAGGCAAUCGCGGAGAGGCUGGGCUGCACUCUGCCACAGCUAGCCAUCGCGUGGUGCCUGAGGAACGAAGGGGUGAGCUCCGUCCUGUUAGGAGCGUCCAACGCUGACCAGCUGAUGGAGAACAUUGGAGCAAUACAGGUCCUUCCCAAGUUAUCCUCCUCCAUCACCCACGAGGUGGACAGCAUCCUGGGGAACAAGCCCUACAGUAAAAAGGAUUACCGCUCCUAACCCCACCCAGGGCUGCACCCCCUGCAGCGCUGCCCAGCGCCCACCCCCCGCCCCACCCCCCACACCCAACCUCUGCCUGAUCCUCUGUUUGCUUGAGCUUUUACUGAGUGAGCCCCUGGCGCAUGAGUCUGGCCACACCUGGCCCACCCAGGGGAACUCACUUAGACCAAAAGGGAAAGGAGAAUAGGGGGGAAACCCUCCACAUAGAGACAGAUAGUCACCUCCAGGGAUAAGGGAAGAUGGCGAGAGAACAGGAGAUAGGAAGGUUGUUAAGAAUACGCGCUCAUAGAUAAUACAAACCGUUAUACAUACAAUUCAGCUGAAACAAGUAAAAUAUAUAUAUAUACACCAAUGAAAAUACCUUUUUGAAGUUGAAGAAGAAAAAAAUACAUAUAUAUAUAUAUAUAUCUUAAUAAGCACAUGCUUGCUUGGCAGCUAGAUUGAUUUACUUUAAGCUUUAUUUUCUAAGAACUGAUUGCUUACCAAUGGGAAUGACCGUUUGGACCGUGUGACGACACGGGAGCGACUCCUGUUGCACAUGUUCCAUAGCUACUCGUCUGUGUUUGGAGGGUUGUGUCUCCAGGCAUGGCCUCCUGUCAGGGUCUAUCAGUUGUCACUGUCUACUCUCCACAUCAACCAGCCUUGUGCCCAGGCUGGGAAACGAUUAGCACUUUAGUACUGUAGAGACAUGGAGGGAGGGAGGAGGAGGAGGGCAGGAGGAGGAUGGGAGGAGGAUGGGAGGAGGAUGGGAGGAGGAUGGGAGGAUGAUGGGAGGAUGAUGGGAGGAUGAUGGGAGGAGGAUGGGAGGAGGAUGGGAGGAGGAUGGGAGGAUGGGUAUAUGUACUGUUUUCUAUGGAUGGAUGGAAGCUUAUAGGUAGUUCACUAAGAGUUCCCCUCUGGGCCUUCCUUUCCACCAGUCCUCCUCUCUAUCCUGCAUAGUUGUGGGACAGUCUCUCCAUCUCAGAUCAGCCCCGACGCUCUUGCUCCAGUCCCCACACUUCCACAGAUAAACCAGGCUAUUUGACUGAAGUAAGCAAUUUUCCUUAAAGUUAUCCUCUUGUUGGCUGUUUGGAUUUGCCACUAUCCGGCUUUCACCUGUCCAAAUCGGAAACAGGUUAUCCACAGGGGAGGGUUCAGUGAG